CUUCCAACGAGGCGCCGGUGUACAUCGAGCAGAAAUCGAACAGUCCCUCGAACACCGGGCAGUCGUCGCCUACGUUGAAAUGGCUCAGGAAGCCAGGCAGUCGGGAAUUGAGAUUCCGUUGUCCGCGGCCAUUCUUGUUUCGGGACGCUCCUCAGGGACGCCGACCGACCAGCUAUAACGGUUGGCAACGACGCCUCCGACGCUCGUAGUACGUGUAUGCACCGUACAUCCGAGAGAUGAAUCGAAUCAUCUCGGCUUCCGUACCAUUUCCCGACGGCGUUAAUUAACUGACGUUUCAGAAGUUUAUUCAGAGUUAGAAAUCGUAACCGGUGAGAAGAACGCGAGGGAACAGUUUGGGAAGUAUGCGGCCGGAUUCGCGAAGCGUUUCGUUCACGUUCCAUCGGGACGUUCUGACGAUGAGUGUAAAAAAUUCGCCGGAGAUCAAUUCGAAGAGCACGAAGAAUCUCCGACGACGCCUCCAGGAUCGUUUCGAGAAGGAGAAACCGAGUGAUUCGUGCAAGGAAAAAAUUCGAUCGAAGGAGAAGCAAACAGGUGAUCGGAGUUGGAAUAAUCUGACUCUCGGUAAUGUGUCAGCGGAUUCGAGACGUGCCCUGCGGAGCGGGGCCGAGAAACUGUCGAGAACCAUAUCCUCCGUGCGCACCACCUUCGGCACCAUCUCGCAGAAGUUCAAAAGUUCUACACGUAGACGUCAAAGACUGGAAGAGCAGCAGUCGCCGAACAGUAUUUGUAAAAUGCAAACGCCGCAGAGUCGUACUCGCCAGAUUCUUGGUAGAACGCCUACCAAACUCUACAGCCCUUUCGGUAUAGAAUCUCCGAGGCACGCUUGGGACAAGGAGAACAGUGAAACUCCGAUGCACGGUCCAGGGUCGAACGCGCGUUACAUUCAAUGCAGGCCGUUUCGUUUCACCAGAGCCAAAGGAUUCUCUGUAUUGAGAUAAGAUUCUUAUUUCGUCCCAUUUUCUUUUUCUUAUUCGUUUCUCUUUGAGAGUCAACGGAACGAUCCUCCUACUUUCCGACGAUUCGCCUAGGACAAUUUUUGUGCCUUGUGCAACGCGUAAUCGUUCGUUCCGAUGUUUUAAUCAAGGUAACGAUUCGCAUGAACGUAUCAUUGUCUAUUCGCGCAUUAUCCACGAUAUCAUGACGUCAGGCUGCUUUACGUAUUUACGGACAUGCAAUGUACAACGUAUUUAUACUUUUUUAUACGUAUUUAUAUCGACAAUUAUGACGACGGCAAUAUCGAAUAAAACUUGAAGUGACAAGAA